AUGUCGCUUUCGCAGAAGCUUGCUAUUACCGAUCUUGACCUCGCGGGUAAGCGCGUGUUGAUCCGUGUCGACUUUAAUGUGCCUCUCGAUGGUGACAAGAUCACCAACAACCAGCGCAUUGUUGCGGCGCUCCCGACGAUCAAGUACGCUUUGGAGCAGAAGCCCAAGGCGGUGGUGCUCAUGAGCCACAUGGGCCGUCCCGAUGGCAACGUCGUGUCAAAGUACUCGCUGAAGCCUGUAGCGAAGGAGCUUGACAAGCAGCUGAACGCCAAUGUUGCGUUCUUGAACGACUGUGUCGGCCCCGAGGUCGAAAAGGCAGUUGCCGAUGCCAAGGAUGGACAAGUGAUCCUCCUCGAGAACCUCCGUUUCCACAUUGAGGAAGAAGGCAAGGGCAAGGAUGCUAAUGGCGAGAAGACCAAGGCGGAUUCCAAGGCGGUUGAAAAGUUCCGCCAGGAGCUCACCAAGCUGGGCGACGUGUACAUCAACGACGCCUUUGGUACUGCCCACCGCGCGCACUCCUCCGUCGUCGGCAUUGAGCUGCCGCAGCGUGCUGCUGGCUAUUUGAUGAAGAAGGAGCUCGACUUCUUUUCCAAGGCCCUUGAAAGCCCCGAGCGUCCGUUUUUGGCCAUUCUUGGAGGUGCGAAGAUCUCGGACAAGAUCCAGCUUAUCGACAACAUGCUGGACAAGGUCAACAUGCUCAUCAUUGGCGGUGGUAUGGCCUUUACAUUCAAGAAGGUGCUUGACAACAUGAACAUUGGCAGCUCUCUGUACGACGAGGAGGGCGCGAAGAAGGUGCAGGAGCUCAUGGCCAAGGCGCAAAAGAAGAAUGUCGAAGUGCUCCUUCCCGUCGACUUUGUCACUGCAGACAAGUUUGCCAAGGAUGCCAAAGUCGGCGAAGCGGACGACAAGACCGGUAUUCCUGACGGCUGGAUGGGCCUCGACGUUGGCGAAAAGAGCCGCAAGCUGUUUGGCGACGCAAUUGUCAAGGCCAAGACCAUUCUCUGGAACGGCCCCGCGGGUGUGUUUGAGUUUGACAACUUUGCCGCGGGCUCCAAGGCGCUGCUCGAUGCGUGUGUCCAAGCGGAGAAGAAGGGCGGCGUGGUGAUUGUCGGCGGUGGUGACACGGCGACGGUGGUGGCCAAGUAUGGUGCCGAAGACGACAUUUCCCACGUUUCCACGGGCGGCGGCGCUUCUCUCGAGCUCCUCGAGGGCAAGGAUCUGCCUGGCGUGACCGGACUUAGCAGCAAGUAA